AUGAGAGCGUGGUCCAAGACGGGCCCCAUGCGGCUCCCAAUCACCAGCCGUGGAGCCUUUGCAGAGGAGGUGGCAGCCCGAGUCUACUGCCCAAGGGACCGAGCAUCCAGUACGACAGGCUCCUCACGAACACAGCCCUGUCAGCAGCUCUCCCAGACCCGCUGUGUGCACCUGCAGUCACCGCCUCACGUCCCAAAGGUACCCCCAUCUCCUUUGACACACAUCAUCUUCAUCGCCUCCUGUCCCCCCCACCCCCAAAGUGACUGCCUCUCUGGGGCCAAGGGAAACCGCCUGCGCCUGGUGUGGACACUCCUCUCCCCCAGUACUGCCACUAAGACCACCAAACUGCUGUCCGUCACCGGGGCCGAAAAUGAAGAUACCUCUGGAGUCCGACUGCUCAGCACGGAGGCAGCCGGCGGCGGCGGGGCGCCCCGGAGUUUCCCACACCCCCGGCCCGCGGCGGGCGGCACCACAGACCCCCGGCCCCCCGUUGCCCCCGCACAGUUCCCACCGCCGCCGCCGCCCGCCCACCGGCUGGCCCUCGCCACCUUCCUUCCCCUCCCCUCGAAGCGCCCGGGCGGCUGGCUGGUCCGGGCCCUCCCGGAGCCCCGGGGACUCUCGACGACUGUCCGGGCUUCCUGUGGCGCCGAGGCGGUGGAACAUUGCUCCCUCUUUUUCUCUCUCUGUCUGUCCCUCUGGCUCUCUUUGUGUUUGCUUCUUCCUCGUCCCCUCCCCCGUGCAGACCGAGUGUGUCAGCAGCCGGGACUUUCUCUCUGGGUUCCCUUCCAAAACGCAGCCACCGCCGUCACCAACCUCUACAAAGAAAGCGUGGAUACCCAUCAACGAAGUUUUGAUAUUGGAAUUCAGAUUGGCUAUCAGCGACGCAAUAAGGAUGUGUUGGCCUGGGUUAAAAAGCGCAGAAGAACUAUUCGUAGAGAAGAUUUGAUCAGCUUCCUGUGUGGGAAAGUUCCUCCACCACGAAACUCUAGAGCUCCCCCAAGACUGACUGUAGUGUCCCCUAACCGAGCUACUUCAACGGAAACUAGCUCAUCUGUAGAGACUGAUUUGCAACCCUUCCGGGAAGCCAUAGCUCUGCAUGGUCUUAGUGGUGCAAUGGCUAGUAUAAGCGUGCGCUCGAGCGCCCCAGGCUCUCCUACUCAUGUAAGCAGUGGACCGAAUGCUAGUCGAAGGAGAAAUGGACUCCAUGAUGUCGAUUUGAACACUUUCAUAUCAGAAGAAAUGGCACUCCACUUGGACAAUGGUGGAACUAGAAAGCGUACCUCAGCCCAGUGUGGCGAUGUCAUUACAGACUCACCAACCCAUAAACGCAACAGAAUGAUCUAAAGCGCAAACAUUUUCACACCCACCAUGCUGCUUGAAAGCCACUUGAUCCUCAACAUAUACUAUUACUGCAAAGGAAACAUGAGGCCAUCUUCCCUUGUUCACUGUUUAAGACAAGUGAAUUCUAUAGCGGUUGCCAUAAAAGGAAGUUCUAGGUAUUUACAGUAGAUGCCUCUUGUAACUAUGGCUUUCUUGAAACUAUAACCCUAGCAGAGGACAUCAAAAACCGUGUAGGCGUUGGCAGGAUCAUCAUAGGCAAACAUAUCCGUUCCAAGGCUAAAAGUGACCUUAACUGUAUUUAUUCUCAAAGGGAAAGGAAAUAUCAGAUGUUUAUUUGGUUAUAGAAUGCCCCCUCCCCCGGCCUUUUAUUUUUAUUUUUAUUUCUGGGGUCCAUUUCCUGCUGUGUUGAGUAUUGCUUCAGCAGUAUUGCCAGGUUCCUAAAGUUGUCUAAAACACACCAUUUGGCUUCCUCAUCCAGUCUGCAGGCUCCCAUCUUCCAGCGCACUGUACCGUGCACCUGACUGCGGUCGCAGCGUGCAGCUUCUGACUAUUGGACUGCCCGGUGUUUAGUUUUCAAAGCAGUUUCUAAUUCUGGUGAUUGUGUAAUGUCAAGAGGUGCUAUGAUGGUCAUGCAAUUAAUACUUAAUACUGAAUCAAUACACAGAACUUUAUCGGAUUCACUUUGUGUGUGUUAGUGCUCUAAAAGUAGCAAUAUUAUUAAAUUGCCCCCAGAUGAACCCUGUAGGCUCCAAAUACUCAGUUUCAAGGCAAGUGCUACUUCCCAUGCAGGACGCUGUCCUUGUGGUAAAUGUAAACAUGUAGACUGCGAGCUGCCUCCCUGGAGAGAUCCCAGCGCUGAGGAUGGGCUUCCUUUUUGGUUCAGUGUUAGUGAGAGGGAGGGAGGGAAGAGCCUGGCGGGAGGGGCUGGGAUUCUAGUCUUUCUUACUGGUUUACACUAUUCAUGAAAGCUCUACUUGAUGCAGUUCCCAUUGGGAUGCGUGGGAGAUUAAAAAGUCUUUUAUUUGCUAAUGGUGUGAUCAUAAUUUAGAUAGCAAAUCCCAACUCUCCAGUCCCUCUUCUAAAAGUGCAUUUGGAAUCUCAUUCUGGAAAAGAUGGAAUCGCAUGGAGGUUCUCUAGAUGUUAGGUAGACCUAAAUAAAAGUCCUCAAUAGAGUCCUCUGUUGAGUGAGGUCUGAGGCCUCUUGUAGCUACAGUGUUUUAGAGCAUGUUUCAUCUUCAUUUUUAGUAUCUUGAACUGGAUGAUAGUCUUCUUAGAUGAACUGAUGUCAGCCUGCCCCAGGUACUGUAAUUUAUUCUAUCAUAUCAUAUAGAUCAAGUAGGACAGUGAAAAAUGUUUCCUUGCAAACUUGUAGUCCAGUAUCAGUUACUUCCUGUUUUUAUCCUUAAAAGACCAUUGCAAAUCAGUGUAAGGGUUUUUCCAGUAAUUACAGCACUUUGUUAAAACUUGCUAAGUUAACCAUAUAUUCAUCAACUGGGUGGAUGUGAACAGAAUGUUAGAAACUGUGGUGUGAACUGAAGUUCUGUAUUCAUUAUAGAUAUAGCUCUUAUUUAAGAAGUCAAUACCAUACUAAAACUAGGAAUGAAAGUGAGGUAGUUCUAAAUUUUUGCAAAAGUGGAACAUUUUUUGUUUGAAAUAUAAUAGCAGGAAAAUUAUAGCAACCUGUCAAUUUUACCUGAAACGGACAAGCCUAUGUAUUAUGAAAACUUUCAAGCUUCCUUUUUGGAAUAUACCAGAACUGCAUUUGGAAUUAGCUUUGUUUUUCUAUUGUUGUAAAUUUAGAUUCUGGAGUUGGGAUCUGGCGGGUGAUGCCUUGCUCACGAGUGGCCAGAACGCUUCCCUAAAGGGUUUUGAGAUUGAGGAACACAUAUUUACUCUCCCCUUUAUGCCUUGGUUCUAGUUCCUCUUUCCAGGUUGAAUAACAAUUUUUGGGUUGUUUUUGUUUUAGUUGGUGCUCUGAAGCUUAAUCUCAGUACCCUUUACUCUUGAUUGUCAAAUUUUGAUAAAACAUGUGCCAUUUUCUUUGGUAAGAGAAAGCAGGUCUUAAUGUCUGCCAGAACACAAUUUAUAUGCCUUAUUGGCUCCAUUAAACUUUUUAAAAACUUUA